CUGACGGUUUUGUGUAUCUGUCGGGCAGAAAACACGAAGAGGAAACCCACGGCGGAUCGAUACUAAACUCUGAAAUAAACAGUGUGGAAGAAGCGGGGCAUGUUAAACGUUUCUUUGGGGAAAUUUUGAUUUUUUUCCACAGUAAAGAUGCAGUUCAUGCUGCUCUUCAGCAGGCAAGGGAAGCUGCGCCUGCAGAAGUGGUACGUUCCUCUGUCCGAUAAGGAGAAGAAGAAGAUCACGCGAGAGUUGGUACAGACCGUCCUGGCCCGAAAGCCCAAGAUGUGUAGCUUCUUGGAAUGGAGGGACCUUAAGAUUGUUUACAAGAGAUAUGCCAGUCUGUAUUUCUGCUGUGCCAUUGAGGACCAGGAUAAUGAGCUGAUCACCCUUGAGAUCAUUCAUCGCUAUGUUGAGCUGCUGGAUAAAUACUUUGGCAGUGUGUGUGAGCUGGACAUCAUCUUUAACUUCGAGAAGGCGUACUUCAUCCUGGACGAGUUUCUUCUGGGUGGAGAGGCUCAGGAGACUUCCAAGAAGAACGUCCUGAAGGCAAUCGAGCAGGCCGACCUGCUGCAGGAGCCCCGACAUGAGUACUUUAAUGUGCCUGUGUACUGAUUGGCUGUCGCUGCUGUUGGUGGUUGUCCAUCAUGCAUGCUGAGCCCCUCCCUCUCCUGCAUGGUGCUCCUGCUGGCCCCUCCCUCCUCUUCCACCGCCGUCCUAUAAGAACGCAGCAUCUCUGGGGUCUCCAGUCUCAUCGUCAUCCUGUGUGUGUGUGUUUGUGUGUUAGCGCCACAUUCAUCCUACACACAUUCACACAUCCUCUCUCUCUAUCUCGCUCUGUCUCUCUCUCUCUCUCUCGCAGUAUCUCUCUGUAUCUCUGCUUCUCUCUCAUGCACAUGCUCACACCCCAUGUCUACCUUCAUCACUCUUCUACCUGUACCUGUGUGCGGAAUUUCUGUGACCACGACCCCUGGUGGUCCUUUUUGGCAGCACUGUCAGUAACCUCGGGCUGGUAAUCUGCAUUUCUGCAUUUAUUCAGUCUGCUUUAUUCAAAGCCACAAAUUAAUUACACAAAGAUAAAGAGUUAAUUUUGGAGUCUACGUGCAUCUUAUCAUAAAUGUAAAUGAGUGUGAUGCUUGCUAUGUGUUUGACACCGUGUUUGUAUGGUUUUAAACUACCAUUGACAUUUUGUUAAAGGAAUCCUCCACAGUUUUUCAGCCUUAUCUGCAUCUACUGCAUCUGUAUCAUGCAGUUGAAUCCCAUGCACAAUGAUUUCUACACUUUUUUUUGUACAUAAAAGAAAACUGAGAACCUGUUGAUUCAAAGACUCUUAUAAUAGAUAACGUCCAAUGGGACGUUACUUCAGGAAUUAGUGUCUUUGGUAUUGAACCGUAUGCAUCAGAUGCUGGAGUAUUCCUUUAAUGCCAGGUUUAAUGUACAACUAUUAUACUUUGAUAUGCUGUAUUCUAAAGUGUUGGCUUAGCCUGCUCUCUUGAUAUGGAUGAAUCAUAUCCCAAGCCCAAGGCGAAAAUGUGGAACAGAUCAAAAUGCAUUCCUGUCAUUAAGAUGCAGAACUAUACUGAAUUGAGUGAAUGGUUGUACAGCACUGUGCAGAAGUCAGAAGCCACCCUUUCAUUUAUUUAAUUUUCAGUCAAACAGAAAUGCACAGAAAUAUAAAUUUCCACUCUUUGCCUUUAUUACAGCUUUCACUUUUUCAGGAGACUUUCUUUCUGCUUUUCAAAGAAAUAUGCAGGGAUGUUUUUCCACUCUAAAGUUCAGUCAUAGAAUUUGCUUUUCAGCUUCUCACGAUAUAAUGCUAAUUACAAGUUUAGACUCAACCUUAUUCUUUACUCCUCAAAUGUUUAGUUUGGCAUUCUGGUGCUUUUCUUAUCUGUUUCUUUUUCUCAGUGAGGGCUUCAUGACAGCUACACAUCUGUUCAGACCCAUAGUGUUGAGUUGUCUUCUUACAGUGGAAAGAUGCCCAGAAACACCUGUGGAUUUUUGAUUCAGAUCUUGAUUUAUUUUCAGAUCUUGCUUUUUUACUGUUCAUCUGAUGGGGACAGUUUUGGUGGUCUGCCAGGUCUUGCAUUGUUAGGCGUCCUAUUUUCUCUAUAUCUUUUAAUAAUUUAUUAAAAGAUUAUUAAAAUUAUUAAAAGUUUUGGAAACCCUUCAAUUUAAUUUAUUUUUCUUUGACUUUCCCUUCUUUUACUAAUUUCUUUAGAAAUAUUUCCUUUAGACAUUUUAGAUGCACAUGAGAAAUAAAUUUGUAAGGCAACUGAAGUGGGUUUGGAUAGUUGUUUAUGUGAAUGCUAGCGUGUUUUUGAAGGGGAACAUAAUAUCACUGACGUCUUUGGGAACAGCUUUUUUUGGGAGGGCAAAGCUGUAACUCGGUUUUAAAUUUGUAAGGAUGGAAAAGUUCAAGUGGCAGUAGAUGCCGUAGGUGAAGAGUGGACAAAUUAAAUACUGAUAGAUUUGAUAUCAUGCUUAAUGUUGAAGACUGUUGUGUAGUUUUCUGUUAAAUAUGCAUUUCCUGAUUUUUUCUGACCCAGAAAAAUUGGUGUUCCAAUCAAAACAUUCAAGGCUGUUUUGAUUGGAAAUUAAAUAAAUAUAGGGUGGUCUCUGACUUCUGUCUAAACGUUGGUAAGUGUUUAUGAUAUAUUUGACGUAAACCUGUUGUUCAUCCAAUUAGCAAAAUAUUAUUGCUAGGAUAUACGCCGGUACAGGUUGAACCACUGCUCAGAUGAUUUUAUGGAGAAAGCUGCUGACUGAGGGCAGCACUGAAGCACUUCAGUCUCAUCACAGUUAUUGGUGUUUCACAGCAGCAUAACUGAGUUAGAUGCUGCAACACUGCACACACACACAGUGUUACUCAGCUGUUACUGAUCUGCUCUGCAGAUGUUCUGUAGUCUUUAUAGUGAUAAAUUACUUUAGGCACUUUAGCCUGUACUCACUAUUUACUGACACCCGUCUCAGUCGUUCAUUUUGCACAUGGGCUCCAAUCAGUAAAAUAAAGGCAAACAUUUGCCAUUAUUACAGUGCACAUGAUGAAAUACAAUAUAACAGAACUGCAAGAUAAUAACAUUGAUUAAAUGUAUCUGUUGCCCAGCACCCACAGCCAUAAAGUACACAUGGAACAAGUCAAAAUGCAUUAUUUUAUGAACUGAAGUAGAAAGACCUCUAACCAGAUUCUAGUAUCUUUGUACACUUUCUGAAUGAACACUGUCAAAUUGCAAUGAGGAUGAUGAAAUCAUAGCAAGUAGAUUUUUGUUUGACUAUCAAAACUUUGUCCCUGCUACAAUAUUAAUUAGAGUUAAUUAUUAAGAGCAAAAAUGUGAUUAGUUUUAAUAAUUCUGUUAAAAAUUCAUGUUUCUUAUUCUGUUUUAUUAAAGAAGAAAAAUAAAGUGACCCCAUUGAACUGAAAACGCUCCAUCAUAUGAGCCGGGGAGUUGGGGUUGAUUUUUGCAACUGAAAGAUGGUGCUUGAUAUGAGCUGAGGAAGUAGGAAAAUUUUCUGAGAGGACAUUCCCCCCCAAGAGCAGUGGGUUCCACAUCAGUUAGCUGCUUCAAAACAGUGGAAGAAGUGGAAACCAGUCACCACUGAAGCAUACGUUUUAAAAUUACUAAUAAAGUUCACUAUAUGACAUACAUGCAAAUUUAUGACAGCCAAGAUAUGUUUACUUCUUUAGCUUUGCACUGGAGCUAUGAGGUUAACAUUUCAAGCAAUAGAAACUAUAGUCAUCGCAUGUGUGGUUUCUGAUUCUGUAUGGCUCUAAAAAAUGAACAAAAGUAUGUUGCAUUGCUAAAAAACAGGUAUAGAAGCCAUUUUGAAGGCUGAAUUGUGUGCCUACUUAAGCCUUGUAGCUCCUGAGCAAAACUAGAGAAGCAAACCUCUUGGCUGACUGACUGUAUUUGGGGUAAGGGGAAAGUUGUGUGAAUUUGAUUUUUCACUGAACUCUUCCUUUAAGAGUGUCAGAAGUACUGCUGUCUCAGAAUGUAGAUGUCAAGCAAUGUGUCCACAGGCACAUAUAUGGCUAUAGGCCUCCCAAGGCUCUAGAGCCCCUUUAAUGGGUUUGUUUUUAAUGCAGUGGGGAGCUGCAGGGCCCAGUGGUCAUAAAUGAUUCAGCAUUAUUGGUGAGAGAUGCACACGCUUGGUGCCAAACGUUAAAAACCUGGCUGAGUGAGAGUCUAAGCCUCUGAGGAGAGAAUCAAUAUGUGGAAAUGGGCUCCAUCGCCCCAUAGCUGACUGCACUGGAUGAAGAGCAGCCAACUGCCUGUGCUCCCAAACAGACUGAGCCAAUUCUCAACUGGAUUCCCCGAAAGAGUGCUUGCCCUUUACUGAGUAUAACUGAUAAUGUUUUAGGAUUUUGUUCCUCCUUUAUUCUAUUCAUUUACUCUUUACUGUAUUUGUAUUAAAGGGCCCAUAUUUUUCUUGCAUUGUGCUUUCUAUCUGAAGUCCAUGUAUAAUGUUUGUGUAGUUUUAUUUAGUCAAAAUUAAUUUCUGUAUGUCCAUUUUCCAACUUAGCAGGCUAUGUUUAUUACUCUGUCUUUAGACUAAUAUAUGUAAAUGUCUGCCGUUUUUAAUACGCUGCAAUUUUCAGACAUCUGGAUCCUUUACAACAUUUAAUCAGUUUCCCCUCUAAUAACUCUGCCAUAGACUGUCCACAGUAACAACACUUCUUAUCACUUCAAUGUGCUAUACUGCUGUAGCCUAAAUUGUUUUGCAGCUUAUUUUUCAUUCAUGAAUUGUGUGAACUGACAAACUGACUUUUUUAAACUUUCUCAUAUUACAGCAAACUUUUUAAUAUUAAAAAAAGCAAAGAAAGUUUUUAUGAUAUGGGCCCUUGUGAUCUACUGAAAGAUUCCUUGUAUGUGAUUUAUUACUUGACUGAUCCAUAUGCCUACCACAAAUACUUUCUUGGAACAUGACUGUUGCAAGGUUGGAUAAGCUUUACAGAAUCCCAUUCAAUAUAAUGUAUUUAUGAGUCCCUAUAUAAAAUUGGAUUUCCAUUUUAAAAUGCUUUGCCUCCAAGGAGGAGUAUGUUGUAGGUAAUUUGCUAUCAUGCUAGCAUUAGCUUGACUGAUCUAUUCUAACAGUGUGAUUUUUGAUACACAUACAAAAUAAAUAAAAAUUGAAUUAAUCACACUUUAAAUGUUAGGCUAUUAUUGUGCAUUAUUGCAAAAAUUGAUUUGCUGCAAUGUCUCAAUAGGCCGAAUGGGUUUUUGGUCAGCUUGCUAUGAAAGAUCGUAUUUGUGGGCAGAGCCUGGAUUGGUCGUUUCCGAUUCUGAUUCUCGGGCAGCUUAAAGAACUGAGAGUUGUAGAGUUCAGAUUGGCUCAGUGUGGCUACGGAGCAGCAGGCUUUCGAGUGAGACAUCUCUUCUCAUCCCUCACUUCUCUCUUUACUUUGUGCUUGACGUAAU